CAUGACAUAAGUGUAAGAGCCAAGAGUGUGUUAUGAGGAAUCAUAUCUCAUGCAGUAAAAAUAGCACACAGCCUCCAAAAUACAGACAAGCAGUAAACAAGCAACUAAACCCGGAGAGGAGCCGCUCGCAGACGCAGAUUGUUCCUCAGCAUCAGUUCCCAUCAUGAGGAUGGAUCGGAUUGGUAUCGACAUUCCAGUGUACGAUCUCUCACUGAUCCGAGGGCUGUGGGAAGGACGAGUGAAAAAAUACAAACAUCGACAGAAGAAAGAGGAGGAACGAUUGGAGAAAAGUGCUCUGAUCAAAAUCAAUCAGCAAUGGCAGUAUCGUAUUGCGUGCAAAAGGUUAAAGAGCGCAGAGAUCACAGCACUUCAGUGUUAUUUGGAGAGAUCGACUUGCGCAGAACUCGAUAUCAUGCCCACUGAUAAUAAAGACAGUGACACAGAAGACAAGAGAUUCGUUUUUGAGAUGAUUGGAGAUAAAUGGAGGAAGUUACCUGAGGAUCUUCAGUUCAUGACGUAUCUCAGAGAAUGGCACAUCCGAAGAACAAUGAUACCUGAGAUUCCCACUUACAUCGAAUCCUUUUUGGAUCUGCGUGUGCUGGACGUCCCGAGGAACGGAUUUACAAAACUUCCUGUUGAGAUCGGAAAGCUGAUCAAUCUGAGGGAAUUAAAUGUCAAUUAUAAUAAACUGUUGAGCAUUCCAGCCGAACUCGGAGACUGUGAGAAUCUCGAACGAUUAGAGAUGACGGCGAACGGCAAUCUGACAGAACUGCCCUUUGAGUUGAGUAAUCUCAAAAAGCUGACGCACUUGGACAUGUCAGAAAAUAAAUUUGGCAGUAUUCCGAUCUGUGUCCUGCGUAUGGAAAGUCUGAAGUGUUUCGAUAUCAGUAACAACAGACUCCAAGACCUGCCUGAAGACAUGGACAGGCUGGAGGCUUUAGAGACCGUGUUCCUUCACAAAAACAGACUGAAGUUCGUGCCGAUGUCCAUGGCAAACCUCAUUCAUCUGAAGAUGCUCGUCGUGAGCGCUGAUGAGCUCUACAGCAUCCCGUCCAAAUUCGUUGACAAUCCUGAUAUCAAACUAAUCCGAUUAUAUGACAAUCCAAUAAACGUCCAGGAUGAAGACGUGAACCAACAGGACGAUCAUGAGAAGGAAUUUAUGAAGACAUACAUCGAGUCUCUUCAGGACAGAGACACUCAACCAACAUACACGACUAAAGUGUCUCUGAGCUGUCUGCUGUAACAUCAUCAGAUCAAUAAUCAAGCUGAACGUCAAUGAUACAGACAUCCAUCAUUGUAAAUAUCACAGAAAUUCUCCUUUAUGUUGGAAUAAGCAUGACAUGUUUUCACUAUAUAUUUCAACAUAGUGUUUAAAAAGCUUGUUUAGUGUUCUCAUUCCCAGUACAAUGAAACUUUGAGUUGAAUGAGUUUUAGGUUACACUGGAUUUGAGUUUUGUAGCAGUAACUGGAUUAUGUAAGAAAGGCUUCAUUUGAUUAUGGUGUAUGUUCACAUGGUUACAUUACUCAUCAUUAUCUGUAAAACAAUUGCAUAUGUUGAUCCAGAACCCAUGUGAUACAAAAUAGCACUUUCUCAGAUCUCAGUUAUUUAGUUUGUGACCAAACACGUUUUGUUCUGCAGCAUUAAAAUGAAUCUGUUUCCUGUGAUGAUGUAAUGGGUGUCAAUAUUUGAUCUAACUGUUUUUGUAAGUCAGUGUUUUAUAACAUGUCAUAUAGUAUUAUUACAAUUAUUGUUAUUGACAGAAGUUCAUAUAUGUUUGCCUUCUUGCACAAGGCAUAAAAACAAGAUGAAUGAAUCAGUGUUAAAAUAUUAAAAUGAACAUCACAAUCAUGGCAUAUGCAUUUGUUUAUUGAAACAUUAAAAGCUCAAAUCAUAUGCAUGCUUCAUGUCACUGGAUACGUCAACACAAUCUCUUCAGAAGGCAUCUACAUGCAAUAAGCAUCAGUAUUCAAACCAAUGCAAAAUGUGAGUUUAGUGCAUCUCUGAGCUCAUCGAGUGAAUACAGCAAACACACACUCAAGAGCAGCUCUGAUCGCAUGUAGACACUCAUAACUACACUUCCUAUUUGACAUCAUUUUCAAGUGUGCAUAAUAAUUAGGUCCCCCAAAAUGGCAACUGAAAUGUUUCCUUUCUUUCUGUACUAUUAAAAUACAUUAUUAGUGCUUCUGUCUGUGCAUGAUAAAGCAGCUUGCGCUUCAUGUUGGUUGUUAUUGCCUCAGUUCAUGUUAUUUGAUAUUAUGCAAAGGUUUGAACAGAUAUGAACUCCAGUGCAGUGACUCUUAACUGGUGGGUCUUGACUGGUCUGUUGUGAUUUGGCCAUCUAUGGUGAAAUAAGAUGAUAAAAUGAGUAAACAAAUAAUAGUGCAUAGUUAGAAUAGCAAAAACUACCCCACAUCUUUUGUUGGAUCCAAUCAAACUGUAAAUUGAUCUGUCAGUUGGUAGAAGCUUGUCAAAUUACACGAUGUUAACAUGGAUGAGUUGUGCGACACAAACUCAUUCUCAAAAACUAACAACAAAACAACCCAGAUAACAUACAAAAUGAGGAUAAACAUUAUUUGUGCUACCACACACACUUGCGCGCGCGCGCGCACACACGCACACCCACACUCGCUCGCUCACACACACACACCCCCAACACACUCACACACCCAACACACUCACCCCCAACACACUCACACACCCAACACACUCACCCCCAACACACUCACACACACACCCCCAACACACUCACACCCCAACACACACACACCCCAACACACUCACACACUCGCACUAACUCACACACACACCCCAACACACUCACACACACACCCCCCAACACACUCACACACUCGCACUAACUCACACACACACCCCAACACACUCACACCCCAACACACACACACCCCAACACACUCACACACUCGCACUAACUCACACACACACCCCAACACACUCACACACACACCCCCAACACACUCACACACUCGCACUAACUCACACACACACCCCAACAGACUCACACACACACCCCCAACACACUCACACCCCAACACACUCA